ACAAAAUCAAGGUCCGGCCAUGGCCAUCCCAGUCCCCUGACUUGAAACCCAUAGAAAACCUGUGGGGGGAACUGAAGAGGAGAGUCCACCAGCGUGGACCUGGAAAUGUGAAGCAUCUGGAGAGAUUCUGUAUGGAGGAAUGAUCUCAGAUCCCUUGCCAUGCAUUCUCCAACCUCAUCAGGCCUUAUAGGAGAAGACUCAGAGCUGUUAGCAAAGGGAGCUAGCACAAAGUACUGACUAAAAUGGUGCCAAUAAUUGUUGCACACCUAUAUUUAAGAAAUAUUUUUUUGAUAAACCUGUGUUGUGUUUGCAAUUGUUUGAUAUCCAUGAGAGCAGAGUAUUUUUGUGAUUUUUUUAAACAAAAGAUCAAAAGGUUAAACAAUAAAGACAAAUUUUCACAGCCUUCUUUGCUCAUAUUUACCAAGGGUGGCAAUAUUAGCGUAGAGCACUGUAUUUGUAUAUAAUAUAAACCCAGUACACGGUUCAUCUCAGCGUUAUUAUUUUUUAUUGUUUGUGGUAAAGUGGGAGAGGAGGUGAUGGGCGGGGCUUAUGAGGACAGCCUGGCCGGCUCCGUGACGUCACCUGGCCCUAUAAAGCGGCGGUGGGUGACACUCUCACCUGGUAUCUUUGCACGCGCGUACCUGUGUGUGAACGAGUGCGUAUACGUGUGUGUGCGUGCGUGCGCGCGCGUGUGUGUGCUGAGUCGACAUGUCCCGGCUGCUGAUCCCGGUGCUGCUGUGCGGGGUGUGCGUGUGCGCGCGCGCGGUGCAGCAGCGGGACUACGGAGUGAAGCUGUGCGGGAGAGAGUUCAUCCGCGCCGUCAUCUUCACCUGCGGGGGCUCGCGGUGGAGACGAGACCUCGACCUGGAGCUACCGGGACAGGAUCCGAACCUGCUGCUGCUGUCUUACCAGAGCUCGUCAGACGGAGACGAGCAACUUGGCUGGAUAAAAAGCAACGACGAAGCUCCAGACAAACGAUCCUCCAUCCUUUCCUCCUCCUCCUCUCUCAGUGACCUCCUCCAGGCUGUGGGAGUUCAGAAGAACACCAGAGAUGAGUCGAGUCUGUCUGAGGAAGUGCAGAGGAACUGGCUGGACUCGCUCUUCUCCUCCGGGCCACUAGGGGGCGAACAUGUCAGGAGUUUAGACCUCAGCUGGCUUCGUGAGGACCGGAGGAAGCGUAACUACUCGCUCGGCCUGGCGGGGCUCUGCUGCAGUCAGGGCUGCACCAAGAACGACAUCGGACGUCUGUGCUGAGGAUGGAGGGAUGGAUGGAUGGAUGAAGCGGACGAGUGCGGUCCAGGACUUAUUUAAACACAGACAGACCUCUUUAAGCUGCUCCAGAAAUGUCCAGUUUGUAAAUAUUGUCUAUGAUGUUACAAUAUAAAUGGAAAAUAAAUAAAAAUAAACAUUAUUGUCAAG